AUGCUGUCAAUGUUAUUUUGGGUGUUUUUUCUGGCGCUUUUCGAUGGCCGGGAAUCGUUCAAUUUCUUCAAUUCGAAGCACAACAUACUGGAAUUGGACGAUGAGACGUUCAAAAGUGCAACGGCCAGUAACCCGUACGUUUUGGUGGAAUUCUACGCGCCUUGGUGCAAAUAUUGCCGAAAUUUCGCGCCGGAGUACGAGAAAACCGCCAAUUUACUGCAAAAAUCGAGUCUGGAUAUCCUGCUAACGAAAAUCGACGUGGACAAACACGCGGACGUGGCCAAAGCUCAAGACGUAAAAGGAUACCCCACGUUAAAACUGUAUAAAUAUGGGCAACCGGCCAAAUACGAUGGCGAGAGAGACGCCGGUAAAAUCGUCCAAUGGAUAAGAGAUAAUCUAUAA